UAUAAUCCCCCUCCAACUCCAAACUGGUCCUCACGAGAAAGCAAAAUACCUCCUAUUCCUAAUCACGACCCCUUUUCUUGUGAGGCAGAGAUACUGCCCAAUUUGAUAUCCCCCUCUACUCUUUCCCCGACAAGUUUCAGUAGCAACGCAGAAGUUUAGAGGGGAAACCAAGAAGCGAGAGAGAGGGUUUUGGGUGGACUGAUGUCGGGCGGAGGGUCAUCGGGGAGGUUGCCGACGUGGAAAGAGAGGGAGAACAACAAGAGGAGGGAGAGGAGGAGAAGAGCCAUUGCUGCGAAGAUAUAUGCUGGUCUCAGAGCUGAGGGUAACUAUAAGCUGCCCAAACACUGCGACAACAACGAGGUCUUGAAGGCUCUCUGUGGCGAGGCCGGUUGGCUUGUUGAAGACGAUGGCACCACUUAUCGCAAGGGAUGCAAGCCACCCCCAGCUGAGAUUGCAGGCACUUCAAUUAACCUCAGUGCAAGUUCCUCUCUUCAACCAAGCCCACAAUCCUCAAAUUUUGCAAGUCCUAUACCAUCCUAUCACGCCAGCCCUUCAUCAUCCUCAUUUCCAAGCCCUACACGCUUUGAUGCAGACCCCUCCUCUUACCUUCUGCCAUUUCUCUGCAACAUUACCUCCAUUCCUACAAAUCUCCCAACUCUUAGAAUAUCUAACAGUGCUCCUGUAACCCCACCUCUUUCAUCACCAACCUCUAAAGGCUCAAAGCGGAAACCUGACUGGGAAUCUCUUUUCAAUGGCUCCCAAAACUCAUUUCGCCACCCUCUCUUUGCUGCCUCUGCCCCUGCAAGCCCCACACGACGCCACCAUAUGACACCUGCCACAAUACCAGAGUGUGAUGAAUCUGAUGCUUCCACAGUUGACUCGGGUUGCGGGGUCAGUCUCCAGAAAGUUGCACAUCUAGCAGCUCCUCCUUCACCAACGUUUAAUUUGAUGAAACCAGUGGCCCAGCAGGGUUUCCUCCGAGAUGUUGAUGGGCAUGGAGGCCUAGACUGGGGGGCUGCAGCACAGAGAGGGAGAGGCGCAGAAUUUGAGUUUGAGAGUGGCAACGUGAAGCCAUGGGAGGGCGAGAGAAUUCAUGAAGUAGGAGCAGAAGAUCUGGAGCUUACACUAGGGAGUGGGAAAGGCUGUUGUUAAGCAUCCAGAUGAUGAUCAGGGAUGAGGAUGUUAUUAGGGAGGAAAGAUUUCAGCUUGCGUGUUGGCUUAGUUGUGCAUUCUCAUCUAUACGUGGUUUUUUAGCCGUGCUCUGUGUAGCAUUUCUUGGGGUCUCGUGUGAAUUCUGCCACUGUAGGAAGACUUGAAUUUGAAAUUGAUGCAUCCUGUUUUUUCUGUGUACAGUUCUCUUUCUGUAGGAGCCAUUAGAGGAUUGGAAACCGAUUAACUAUUUAUGAAAAUAUCGAAUUGAAGGAAAGUGUUCCUAGUUA